UGGGCCCUGGGAUUUCCCACCGAGCCGGGUUGAGCCGCCGCCUUGGACUGCGUCCGCGACCCGCGAUGAGCACCAGGGCCUGUGCCAGUCCCAAACCGCCAACUCUUGGAAUUUAGGGUCGCUGACGCAGACUUCAAGAGUUAAAAGCUGGAUGAAGUGCCUGUUGGCUCAAGAUCGGGCUUCUCUCUCUGCUUAGUCCUUGUUUGCGUGGGCGUGCCCAGGGCGGAAAGUCGGGUCUCUGCUACACCUUAGCUUUUCUCAUCCUCCCUAACCCCCAGGGUCUGAUGAGUAUUUCACACCCCUAAGGUAAUCCGGAAUGGCUACCCUGAUCUUUGUUGAUAAGGAAAAUGGAGAACCAGGCACCCAUGUGGCUCCUAAGGACGGGCUGAAGCUGGGGUCUGGGCCUUUCAAAGCUUUAGAUGGGAGGUCGCAGGUUUCAACACCACAUGUUGGCAAAAUGUUCGAUGCUCCACCAGCCUUACCUAAAACUGCCAGAAAGGCUUUGGGAACUGUCAACAGAGCUACAGAAAAAUCAGUAAAGGCUAAUGGACCCCUCAAACAGAUACAGACAACCUUCUCUACCAAAAAGAUCACUGAGAAGACCGUGAAAGCAAAAAGCUCUGUUCCUGCCUCAGAUGACACCUAUCCAGAGAUAGAAAAAUUCUUUCCCUUCAACCCACUAGAUUUUGAGAGUUUCGACCUGCCUGAGGAGCACCAGAUCGCUCAGCUCCCUUUGAAUGGAGUGCCUCUCAUGGUGCUGGACGAGGAGAGACACUUGGAGCAGCUGUUACACCUGGGCCCCCCUUCGCCUCUGAAGAUGCCUCCUCCACCGUGGGAGUCUAAUCUGUUGCAGUCUCCCUCGAGCAUUCUGUCAACCCUGGAUGUUGAAUUGCCACCUGUUUGCUACGACUUCGAUAUUUAAAUUUCUUAGCACUUUAUCGUUUGUGUGUAUGUAUUAAGUUUGUAUUAAUAAAGCUGUUCUUUAACAGAC